GGUAUCCUGAUUCAUCAUACUGUUGAUAUCAAUCUAUUGCGAUGUAGUAUCACCAACAUGGUCGGAUUCAAAUUGGAUAUAUACACACAUAUGUCUAUGCAUAUAAGGUAUAAGUAAUUGCGUGUUUCUUUACUCCAAGCCAAGCCGUGAAUGAUUACAUACGACGCAGUCGCCCCGGUAAACUGUGCAUCAUGCAUGCAAUCAGGCAGCUCAAGGUUGCAAUCGAGGCCAUCUCGCGCCCUUCCAGACGUCAUACUUGCAAUAGAGCGCGCCCAUCGAUGAUUGGAUGCAUGCCUACCUAGGGUGCUCUAGUACAUAGGUAACCUUGAUAAAUCGUCAGUAUCGUUGUGUGCCUUGAACCAGAAAGAUAAAGUGCUCUUUCAUCUUCUCAACGACGUAUAAAUAAGUAGGCGAUGCGCAUCGUGUACCUACUUAGGUUAGGUGUUUAUAACGUAUAAGAUUCUUUUUUCUGCAUUCCGAGCAAAGCUAUUACCGAACCAAGGUAGCUGUCUUUUUUACCCCAACACAUCCCAACAUGGCUGAUAUCAAGCCCUAUACCAUUGCUGUUGAUGACCAACGGCUGAAGGACCUAAGAACCCGACUGUCUCUAGCCAGGUUUCCCGAUGAGCUUGACGAAGCUGGUUGGCAUAUGGGAGCCCCUCUUGCCGAUGUUAAAAGACUGACAGCAUACUGGCGAGAGUCGUAUGAUUGGAGAAAGGCAGAGAAGGAACUGAACGAGGUGCCACACUUCGUCACCGAAAUCCAGUGCGAUGGGUUCGAGCCUCUGGAUAUCCAUUUCAUCCACGUUCGGAGUAACGUCAGAGGUGCCAUUCCUCUCCUGUUCAUGCACGGCUGGCCCGGCAACUUUUGGGAGGUCUUCAAGAUCCUGAAGCCCCUAACUGAAGGCGGUGACGGGGUGAAAUACCCGGCAUUCGAUCUGGUCGCGCCAUCAUUGCCGAAUUUUGGGUUCUCUGGGGGCACCAGGAAGCGAGGCUUCGCAAUGGAGCAGUACGCUGAAACCAUGAAUAAACUCAUGUUGAAGUUGGGGUAUAAGGAAUACGUCACGCAAGGAGGUGAUUGGGGUUGCCAUAUCAGCAGGACUCUCGCUCAUCUGUAUCCCAAAUAUUGCAAAGCAACUCACCUCAAUUUCGGUGCUGCUAAUCCCCCCGAGUACGCCAAGAACCCCAUUCUUGCUCUCCAACAUGCUACCACGCCUUACAACUCGCGAGAAAAGCAUGGCGUGGAUCGUAAUCGGUGGUUUGACCAAGAAGGCAGAGGAUAUAAUCUAGAGCAAUCUACCAAACCGCAGACUCUUGGCUACGCGCUGGCGGACAGCCCGGUAGCCUGUCUAGCCUGGAUUUACGAGAAGCUUCAUGAUUGGACGGAUGCGUACCCCUGGACUGACGACGAAGUCUGUACCUGGGUCAGCAUCUACUGGUUCAGUACGGCGGGCCCCGCCGCCAGUGUCAGGAUUUACUACGAGACGCAUCACAACGUCGAUGGCAGGAGGGAUAAGGUUGAUGUUUCCCGGAUGAAGUCUUGGUCCCCGGGCGUGAAGCUAGGAUUCAGCCACUUCCCCAUGGACAUACACGUUCAACCCAGUACCUGGGUGCGUACAUUGGGCAACGUCGUAUAUGAGAAGGAGCAUGAUAGUGGCGGGCACUUCGCCUCCUGGGAACGACCCGACGACAUUGUCACUGACGUUAGGGAAAUGUUUGGGAAAGGGGGCGGUGCCUUUGGUGUCGUGAAGGGUGCUACAGGUUACACUUCGUAAUUACUAGGUCAGGUAUAUAUCGCGAUGAAGAAAGAUACAACCUGAAACCAACACCGCUUACUAGCUGGGAUUUCGCUUAUGGCUUUUAGACACAGGCGAAUCUAUUGGAGAUUAUCUGAAAUAAGAUUAAUAAUUAAUAAUGCCUGAGUGGUUGGUGAGUAAAGCUG